CCGGUGUUAUGACAUACAAUGAGCAGGCAGCGUCGUCCAUGACUUCAUUUGUGUAAUUAAUUUGUCCGGGGAUUCUUUUUUCUCUCUCCUCCCUUCCUCCCCUUGAAUGGGUGGUCUGUUCAUUGGUGCUGGGGGCUUGUUGGUGAUAGUCGGUUACGGGUUGAUUUGCCUGCGUGUUUUUGCCGGUGGCGAAGCCCUGCUCCGCUAUCCCCGUGUGAUAUCGAGCUCAUCAAGAGGGCUCUGAACAUAGCUGACUCUCACGCGUCGAUUCCUAUAACAAUUGCGUAUCUUUUAUAUAAUUUUGCAUUGCGUGGUAUCGGUUGGCACUCGGCAGUGGUUUACCGUUCGGCUUUACAGUGUUGACACCGCUAUUAAGUCUUACCCGCCCGAUAUCCAGCAUCGUCGCUGAUGACUCGGCUACUCCCAACCAGAUUCCUCGUUUGCCGGUUGAGUGCUGGGUGUAUAUAUUUGCGGCUUUGGCAGAGAUAACUCUCCCGAUUGCUGCGGCGAAUCGAUUGAAGCCGGGGUAUUACCAGUUCUUGUCAACACGUAAUUAAAAGCCGUAAUUGCCGACUCGCCUAUCAACAACAGAUUAUGGCCGACUUCUAGAUAUCCAAUGAGUACUGCCCGAUCGCUCAGCCAAUCGCGUGACGAGUUGGCGUGACGUCACCCCGUCCAUGGGCUCUAUAUCGUAAUCUAAAGAAAUGGACAUGGACGACAGAGUUUGAUAUCUAUUUGAUAGUUAGGGAACCACGGCAAUCAACUCAGGUUCAAUAGGUAUCGAGCAGUUAUUACAGCAUAUACCACAAUCGUGUGUCACACUCUGGCAUAGUUCUGUCGUGAAGGAAAGAGAGUUAUUGUUGCCUAGCGGGGGAAGGCGUUUAGAGGUUCGUCUUGAGUUUGGAUCCAUCUCUCAUCCUCUUUGGUGCGUGUUCGCAAUCUCCGUGCGAUCUAAGUUAAUAGUCUGGGGUUUUCAGUAUUUCAUUGACUGAUUUCUAAAAGUUGGACACUUCGAUAAGGAGCGAGAAGGAUGGAGGGACACAAGUCUUUUUCUAUUGACGCACUUUUGUCUAAAGAUCCUCCUUGCACGGCAAGGGUGGUGAAACCACGGAGUCCGACGGCAGCCACGGCGGCCAGCACGCUCACCGCCGUGCAGUAUGCCGGUCUGCAGGGGCAACUUCAAGCCGCACUCAGUGAGCGACUGGCGUACUUCCACGCUCACGUCCCCGCGACCAGCCAAAGCGUUAACAACCCUGCCAGAGUUUUUGCUGCGGCUGCUACCGGCAGUAUCAUCCCCAAGCCGGGCCUGCUCAACCUGCAACCGCCUGGCAUACACGGACCGGCCGUCGUCACCUCUAAGCACGGUUCCAGCGUUGGUGUACCGGUGCCGGCUAUCUACGCUCACCCGUUGUACGCCGGGUACUUGAACGGACAACACCAUGCUGGGGUAGCGCACCUGAGCGCCUUUCACGCGGCAGCCUCGGAACACAUGUUAAUGAAGGCAGCGGCUCACGGAGCGGGCUUAUCCGCCGGGAUUCCUAUGGAUUUCAUCCGAGGAAACAUGAUGAUGCCAAGGAUUGGAGAUUAUCCCGCGAUGCUCGGACCGGAGGACUCCUGACUGAUUGACCACUAAAAGCAGCUAACACCCCGCUGUGUUCAUUUCUAAUUAGAAAUUCGUCAGCUCCAAUUAGGGGAUGAGACACCGGCCGGUUGAGGGGAAAUCGACCGGUAUCGGCUGAGUAUACUUUGAACGCAAGUUUUUAUUUUGCCUCUCCGGUAUAUUAUGAGCGAAGUACCGGCCGGUUAUUGCUUAAUGACACUGUAAUAAAUGAUCCUGAGUAGGUGUUUCAUGGUCUGCACCGACUAAAAUAGAACCAAUAAAUUGCGCUUCUGACUGUCAA